UGGCUUAUUGACCGACCACAAUACGAUUGUUCCAGCAUUUGCAGGGGAGACGAGUAAUGAGGAAGAUUGUCGCCGGGAUUUGGACCAUCGAUUUACACCCGGCCUGUUACUUUCCUUCCCCUGUCGGCCAUUGAAAUCGCCGAUCCCAUGCUUGGUCAAUUAGGGCAGGAUUAUCAGAUGACGAUAUCCAUUGGCUAACCCGUUGGAGCGAGCUACCUGCUUGACCAACUAAUAGAUGCAUUCAAUGUUCGUUUGUCGGUGCUUGGGAAAGAGGGGCCCCAGACUAGGGCCAACAGCGACUUUGCUCGCUCAUGCACAAACCCUCUCGAAUAGGGGUGGCGGUUAGAGGAUGAAAGGUCUUAGGGUCCCUCAUCUCAUGUUCAAACUUAUGCAUGCUUUUCCAUCCUUUCUCUUGCCCCGUUUUGUACCUGUCAAUCCCAGUAUACUAGGAUCAAAAUGGGCAAAUCUCAAGAGAAGAGCCGCUCUAUCGUCGAGACUCGCAGCCUGCGAGGCGCAGACGCGCCGCAGACCAGUUUGAUUAAUAUUCUGGUCGUGGCCACUGCUUGUCUGGGUGGUUUUGUCUACGGCUUUGCGGCCAAUGCUCUUUCGGGCUCGCUAUCUCAGCCGACCUUUAUUGCCAAGUUUCUGACCACACCUGACGUUACAUCUCGCCAGGAUGGUAUGCUUGCAGGAUUUCUCGGAGGUGCCUUUGUGGGAUCCAUCAUCCAGGCUCCCCUGGCCAACAAAUUUGGACGUCGGAUUGCCAACGCAGUCUCCGCGGUUAUUGUCAUCAUUUCGGGUGCCCUGCAGGCGGGUGCCGUCAAUGUCGAAAUGUUCAUCGUUUUCCGUGUUGUCUGCGGUAUCGGCUCGGGCAUGAUCUUCGCCAACACCCCCGUGUACAUGAGUGAGGUCUCCCCGCCGCACACGCGCGGGAUGCUCGUCGGUCUGCAUGGAGUGGGCGUCGUCACCGCAUACAUCAUGGCAGCUAUUUGCGCUCUUGCAUUCAGCUUUGUUACGGCCGAGGUGCAGUGGAGACUGGUCUUUAUUGUCCUUACCGCCGUCGGAGUGAUCUAUUUGGUGUCCCUGUACUUCAUCCCCGAGUCCCCGCGCUGGCUCAUGGAGCAGGGUCGCGAUGAGGAAGCCAUCCGUAUCCUUGAAUACCUGCACCAGACCAAGGAUGACCAACGGGCAACCUUUGCCCACGCCGAGGCUCGCCAGAUCAAGGCGCAGGUUGAGGUUGAGAAGAACAGCCCCAGUGGCUAUAUGCACAUUAUCCGCACGGCCUCCCACCGGAAGCGAGCCCUCUGCUCCAUCCUGCUGUGGACCAUGGGCCAGGCGACUGGUAUCACCGCUAUCGCGAACCUCGUCCCCACCUUGAUGGGUGGCCUUGGAUUUGACACCACCAUGCAGCUGGGUCUUGGUGUCGUUUGGACGCUGUGUGCCAUCAUCGGGUGUGGUAUCAACGUUCUCCUUCUGGACCGCGUGGGACGUGUUAAGCUCUUGGUGGCUGGCGGUCUCGGCAGUGCCACCAUCCUCAGCAUCAUGGCUGCCUUGCAGAAAUACUACCUCGGCGGCACCGAUAAGCCGGGCAUCAACGCGUCCGUCGCGCUGUACUUCAUCUUCGGCGCCUACUUCACCUCCACCAUCGAGUGCACGGCGUACGUCUACAGCUCCGAGAUCUGGCCGACCCAUCUGCGUAGCGAAGGCUCCACCAUCGCCUUUGCCAGUUUCUUCGCCAACGCCGUCGCCUACAGUGCGCCCAUCACGCUGGCCUUGAAAAACAUCGGUUGGAAGUACUUCAUGGUCUUUGUGGCUGUGACUGUUGUGACCAGCAUCAUGAUCCACUUCUACUUCCCUGAGACCAUGGGACUUAGUCUGGAGGAGAUCAACGUCAAAUUCGGCGACUCCGUCGAAAUGGAUCUGCAGGACGCUCUGUCGACCGAGGGCUCGACUCCCGAGCCUACGAACCAGGCUUAACGCAUUCGUUCAGAGCUGGGACCAGCUCGACCUAAAUACAAGGUGGCAAGGGGAAAAGGGGGCCAGCGGAGGCCAGAGAGGCUUACAUUUUCUUUGUUUUCUUCAACCUCUAUUAGACUUGUAUCAACACAUAUUAUUAUAGCUUUUAAUAUAUCAUCGCACAUUUGAUUGGCAUGUAA